AUGUCUUCGGCAGCAGUGCAGGCCACUGGACCCCCAAUAUCAAACCGCUCCUAUCAGCAGCCAUCGCCGCAUGGGCGAGACCAGUACUACUCGCAGCAGUCCCCAACCGUGGCCUCCUCUCCGUCCGCGUCGCGGAAGUCCUCGAGGCGUCCCGGUGGCAAUGGCGCGUCUCCCAACACUCCUACGACGCCGCAGAACCACUACUCGCCCACUGCCUCGACCUCGUCCAACCUGACCACCCCCCGACAGCAGCUCCCGCCCACCACCAACGUGUCUCCCGUAAUGACUCCCCCGGUCACCUCCGCCUACAACUCCGUUGGCGGCCCGUCCGUUCCCCCACGUACGUCUUCACACCGCAACAACAAAUCGUCUGCGAGCUCUUCGAACCCCCAGUUAACCGCGAUGCCUGCAGAUGAUCGCCCGUCAUCCUCGAGAGCUGCCCAGCAGUCGAAGCACUCCCCCGCGCAGCCAGUGCACAGUCGGUCAGCGACUGCUGUCGGCCAAACUCCUGUCGGAACAGAGCUGUCACGAGAAGCGAGCAAUGUCAUCAGCAGACUAGUCAUCACGGAUCCUCAAGAAGACAUCGCACGGGAGGAAGCUCGUAUAGCUGAAUCGCGACCCGCUCCGGCUGGAAUCGAUCUUACACCCAGAACAGGCCUCGGCCUCGUUGGCAGCGAAGGCGUAGAUGAUGGAGGUCGGGGUGCUGGCAAAAGCCGGCAGGACCACUCCAGGUCAGAAAACUCGAGGAAACACACCAAGUUUGGCGAUUACAUUCUCGGCCAAACACUCGGAGAGGGCGAGUUUGGCAAAGUCAAGAUGGGCUGGAAGAAGGAUGGUGGCGUCGAGGUUGCUAUCAAGUUAAUCAGGCGGGAGAAUCUUGGCUCAAACACAGGACGCAUAGCGAAGAUCCACCGCGAAAUCUCCAUCCUCCGAGGCCUGGAACACCCGAACAUUGUGCGAUUGCACGAGAUGGUGGAAACAGAACGACAUAUCGGAAUCAUCCUCGAGUAUGCCUCUGGAGGAGAGCUGUUUGACUACAUCCUGAACCACCGAUAUCUCAAGGACAACGCAGCCCGACGACUAUUCGCCCAGCUGAUAUCUGGAGUGGGAUAUCUACAUAAGAAGGGAAUUGUUCACCGAGAUUUGAAGCUGGAGAAUCUUCUAUUGGACCGGAAUCGGAACAUCAUCAUCACUGAUUUUGGGUUCGCCAACACUUUCAGGCCAGACGACGAACUGGGUGAGGAGAUCGAGUACAAUCUUGGCAACCGAGACUUCGUCAAGAAAAUGGGACUGGAGGGUACUGACGGCAACCGAAGAGGAGAUCUCAUGCAGACGAGCUGUGGCAGCCCUUGCUAUGCUGCGCCAGAACUAGUGGUCAGCGACUCGUUGUACACUGGUCGUAAAGUAGACGUCUGGAGUUGUGGUGUAAUCUUGUAUGCAAUGCUUGCCGGUUAUCUCCCCUUCGACGACGACCCAGCCAACCCCGAAGGCGACAAUAUCAACCUCCUAUACAAGUACAUCGUAUCCACCCCACUCACCUUCCCUGAAUACGUCACACCCCACGCUAGGGACCUGUUAAAACGGAUAUUAGUACCUGACCCGCGAAAGCGGGCUGAUCUGUUUGAAGUAGCCCGGCACAGCUGGUUAAGCGACUAUGCACAUGUGGUUGCAUUGAUCACUUCCACCACUACGACGUCAAAGGACAUUGCAAACACAACUGUCCCAUCCCGUGAGCCUGACUCUCUAAUAUCCCCUCCUGUCCAGGUCGCUGAUAUGUUCGAAGAAGAUGCAUUCGAAACACCAAUGCUUGCCCGCAGUGCAUCGGUGAGAGAACCCGGGAAACCGAACACCACAGUCUCCCCCGUCGGAGGCCUUGCGCAGAAACACGGCCACGUCAACCGAACAGAGCAGCCAGAGAGCUCCAAGUCUCAACGGGACAACAAACGCCGCACCGUCCAGGUCGAAUAUGUGGCUCCUCAGUCACAGACUCAACGCGGAGAGGCAUCUCCUCCCGUCCAUAGCUCGACUGCUACCGCGUCGGGUAGCUCGAGAACUCGGGUCAAGGAGCCAGGCCCCGUGGAGGUACCCCCAACAGAUGGAUAUCAGUCAUCUAGCACUAACCCCCGAACUCGAGGUCAAGCUUCAGCCGCGACAUCCUCGGUGCAACCGCCUACUUCACGGGCCCAACGUUCAGUCUCAGAUUCGACGGCUUUUGGAAAUGUUCCUACUACAUCUGCGACACGACCAUCGACCGGUGGAACUCUCGGAGGUGGAUCGCGACUACCGUCUCGUGGGAACUCGUACGGACAGCCUGCCGCCGCUUCGGUCGCUCAGACACAUGCCGAAGGCCACUUCUCACAGCCACGAGGAAAGCAGUAUUCUAUUUCUGCACCAAUCCCGCAGCAAGAGCCGAUGAUUGGUGAUCCAUCAAUUGGUCGACCGAGCACGCAGCGGGUGCCUUCGAAUUACCCGCAAGGCCCAACAUCUAACCCCCAUCAAAAGGGACACAAACGGUCAAGCACUGUCAGUGAGACGCUUGGAAGGGUUGCAUCCAUCUUUAGCAGCCGGCCGGCCAAUAAUGAUCAAGCUCGAGAAAAGCUACAGAGGUCAUAUCCUCCUACGAGUAUGGCAGGUCCAAUGCCCAAUGAUGACGUUCCUCGGCAGUCGACAGAGUCCAACCGUCGUACCUCGUUUGGUUUCAACAGGAAAGCUUCUGAUCAAUCUGGCGGAGCCAAGUCGGGAAGGAGAUUCUCUCUGAUCCCAGCAGCUCUCUCAAGGCACAAGACACAGGAAGUAGGCCCACCUGGAAGCUCGUACUCAACCGUGGAUCCUCGACGAUCAGCAGCAGCACCCGCAUCCCGCAGCAGACCCCAAACCCGGCCCCAGAUGGCAUUUGGACGAGGCGAAAGUCGAUCCCCGAGCCAGAGCACGACUGGAAGCACCGUACCCCCUCAUGCGUACGACGGGCAGCAGGAUCGUCCUCGCGAUAGCCCCUCGCAGCGUAUGGAAAUGAGAGGCGGCGCCCCAACGUCUGCGCCCGCCCAGCAGACUCAGUUCAACAACGACCAGCAGAGCUAUCCCCAACUUAUCGGUGACGACAAAUUCCCAGGUCCCAACGUCCCUCACCCCACCCAAUCCUACCGCAACCAACCCUACCGCCACACCAACGACUCUGAAGCCUCCGAGCCGCCCGCACAGUCGUCCAGCUACCGCCCUCAAUACCCUGCCGGUUUCAACAGCUACGACUCCCCACCACAGCAGCAGCACGGCCGGAAUAAGAACCCAGCCGUGCUGCAGAAGAGCCGUAAGUUCGGCGAGGCCUACGACGAGGGCAAGCAAGGAAACAACAACCACUCCGGCAGCUCGGCGCCUGCGAAGCGCGUCAUGGAUUUCUUCCGGAGGACGGGCAAGCAGCGCGGUAGCAAGACAGACCGAUAACGAGAUAAAUGGGAACGUGACCUUAGCGGUGUGCAGUUGAAGCCCCUUUUGCAUAUGAGGUAUUUCCAGCGCGGCAUCGAUACCAGUCCGAUUUACAUAUCACGCCGGGACGACGCCACUUCCAGCACGCGUGCGAUCGAGCCCUUUCCACACAGCGGUGGUGGUGGGACAAAGUGUGUGAAAUUGAGUGUGGCGUGGGGCGUGGGCUUGGGCAUGCAUUAGGCGGCGCCAAGGAGUUGUUUUCUCGGCCUGUGUGCUUUUCUCCACUUACUUACUUUUCCUCCG